AUGAACUCACGCAAAACUUUCGGUGGCCUGGCUAGUAGCAAAAAUCGCAUCGGCCGAUCAGGGCCCCGAUCACGAAGUGGCUGCGUCACCUGCAAGAGACGGAAAGUGAGAUGUGACGAAACACGGCCUGUUUGCGCCAACUGUGCCAGACUAGACACCGAGUGUGUGUAUCAACAACGACCAUCGCGACGAGGAGAGUCGACAGCCGCUAGAUCACACCCAGGCCAACAGCAAUAUGACAUGCCAGAGGAUGAUCCUACCAUAGAUCAAAAUUCCGGUGUCCCCUUGGGUCUCGAAAACACAACUCUUGGUCCCGAAAACAACUCUCUAUUCUUUAAUUUCGACGACUUCUCGCGGAAUGUCUUGGAUCUCUGGUGUUCUCCAUCGACUGCGUUUCCAGAACUGCAGCACCCAGAACUCCCAGAUUCCGAUGCAAUUGACGCGAUGGAAAUCGCCGGGCAUGGUGGUGCUGCUGAUUUCGCUUCAUAUGCAGACCAUGAGUUUUCCGAACAAAUAGCACAUAAUUAUGUAUCCUCAGUGCAGGACCACGAAGGCAUAAGAGGUACAACUAACCAAGUCCAUGAGAGCACCUGUCAUACUAUAGAAGCCGAUCUUUUACAAGACGUUGUUCCAAACUUCAAACGCAUGGCCACAAAUAUUGCACUUGCACCAUACUCGUCCAACGAUGCCGGAAUAGACAAGAGCCUCAAUCGUCGCUCAGAGGCUCUGGGCACUUAUUUCCAGGAAAGCGUCUUUGUUCCGGGAGUAACAACAGUCGAUGUUCCUUCAUGGCGGGCUUUAUGCUGCCAAAUAUUGACCAUGGCGCGCAGUAGCUCCAUUAUUUCAAACGCAGUGGUUGCCCUUUCUCAACUACAUUUUGUCAUGUUUUCUUUGAACGGGGGCCACCGUAGAGGCUCGCCAGGGCUGCGGAAUGGGAAAACUCUAGCACAGUAUCUAUACAUAUUCGCAAAGGAGAGGCUGAUCAACGGACUAGAUCUACUAAGGGAGAAAAUGUCCAAAUCUCUUCGUUUGGAACUUUUCACGGGUCUCUUUCUUCUAACAUGCUUCGAGUUAAUAGAUAAAGAUGAUAUCCAUCGUGCCCAUCAAAUUGAAUGGGCAGAAUUUCUUUUAAUGGAAUUGGACGAGAAGGAUUUUACAACGCAACAGAUCAUCCGCUGGCUUCUUCUUUGCGACGUAAAACUAGUUAUCUUUGGGGGAAAUGGGAUUCUACCACGCCGUCCGCCGCCAAUUCACACCUUGCUGAGCAACAAUACGACCCCGCGAAGUGAUGAAGGAACGGACAGACCGAGGAAUUCUAAUUUUCAUUCUACUGUCUCUGGAGAUCUUCUAUCGCCUCCUGCAGAUCGAUUACAUAAAUCCCCUACAGAUAUCAGUCGCCCUGAAUUCUCGGGUCUCAGUAUGGUAUCGACUUUGAAGGAAAGCAUUCUUCGGGAUGCCGUUUACUUCCAUCAUCGAUCUCAGCAAUUUCUCCGGAAAAUUGCCAUGUUGGAUCGCCACCGUCGGCCUCGGGGGUCUCAUCAAGAUGAGAUGGAAGUCAGCGCUGCAGCAGGACUACUCAUAAACGACCUGCACCGGCUCUGGAAUGAGCGACCCGUUAUUUUAGAUACUACCUUUGUAGAUCUCCAAGUCUCUUUGAACGUUGACUUGGCGAGGGACAUUUAUCGACUAGUUUGUAUCUUCCAGGCGUGCUUUUGGUCGAACUUUUGUUACCUUUAUCGAGCAGCAUGGUGGGACGAGUCUCCUCACGAUGAUGAAAAAUCAGCGGCAGACCAAACAUGGAGAGCAUUGCGGGGAAGCGUCGAUCAACCAGUUGAAAUUUCUGGGGGUUACGAAAGCAAUAUCCGAGUCGGUAACGAGCCGCUACUAAACAGUGCUGCGAUGUGGGCUCUCUUCACCUUCGCUACUGAAUGCUCGGACUCGGCAAAGGUGGCAUGGUGUAUCUCAAAGCUUCGGCAACUGAGUCAGGUUAAGCAGAACUUCGGCUCAGGUGGGGAAUAUGCGAGCAUUCAUGCUGCCAAAGCUGCUCGCUUGCUGCAGGAGGUGGUUGACCGGCAAAGAGAGAGAGGUGGUCGGGUGGAUGUACGAUAUUGUUCACUUGAGCUAUUUGGGUUCAUGUUUCCAAUACUAUAG